AAAUGAGCGAAAUUGCAUGGCUAUUCUACCAUCUCUGGCUUAAGCCUCACACAAUGACAAUAUCUAAAAGUGACCUUAAUGAGUUUGAAGAAAUCAAAGAAACCAGGAAGGGUAUGAAAUUAGUGAAGUUUCCCUUCGAGAUUCCUGAAACUCUGAUCUACAAGUCGGGGAAGGUCCAAGACUGGUACUUCAAAUCAAAAGAGGAUGUGGUUUUAAAAUAAGAACAAGUCCACUAUAAAGCCAGAUUACAUUUUAGAAAAGUUUAAUAAAGAUAUUAAGAAGCUUAAAUGCCCAGUAGUAGCGACAGCUUAUAAUUCAUGAGAGGAGGAGACAGUAACAGGAGCUUCCAAACUUUCCCUAACCACGCAUCAUAUUCGAUCCUCUGCUCUAAGAUCGUUGAUCAAGUUUGAAGAUAAGUCCUUCUUCACUGUAUUUCAAAAAUUCGUACCUCCAAAAGAAGAUAGAAAUUGCUUAAUAAAGUGAGUAUGGACCCCAACAUUAAUGAGUAUUUACAAGCGAACCAAUCCGAACUACCUGAUUCACAAGAAGAAAGAGUAUAAUUACAGAUUCAGCAGGAAAGAAGAAGACCUCGUGCCCACAUCUACUGAGGAGGAUGCUAAAAAUAUAGGAUUUUAUGGCAAAAUAAUCACCUAUGAAGGUCCCCAAGACAUGAGCUAUGAAGAACAAGUCUUCUCCACCAAAGUUAUGAAGGAAGUCACACAGGCUAUUGAUGCGAUAGUUGAGCAUCUCUCUCAACAAGAGAUCACCCUUCUGAGCGCUAACUUCUUCUUCAAAUAUAGCAGGAAUGAUAAGAUUUAUCUCUGCUUUGCUACUAAUAUCAAUGUUAACCCUGAGAAUUACCAAGAAGUCGCUAUGGAUAGAGAAGUUACCCUGAAAAUUCCUGAGAAAGAAGACUUAUUCAAUGAUCCUGAGUCUCAAAAUCGGACAAGUUCAGUCCCGAGGCCGAUCGGACCGAAAGAUGUAAGAAUCAGGCCUACUAGCUCAAAGCCUGAGCAAGCUUACCGUAGCCUGGUCUCUCAAAACAGAUUGAAAUAUUUCUGUCCACUUUGAGAGCAGAAAAUCUCCCUCGAUGAUGGGUACGAAUACACUAUGAAAACAAUAAUCGACCUGAUAAACUUCUACCAAGAUAACUUCGACAGCGAAGAUACUAAACUCUCAGACCGCUUAGAAUGUUUGAUCUUGCCCAUGAAGAUUAAAACCAUCAAAAUCAGCAAGAGUAGGAGAUCUGAAGCCAGGCAACAAUUGAAGACAAUUCCCCUCCCAAUUCGGGCCUUAUACCCCGGAAUGAGUUACCAAACCUACAAGCAAAAGAUGAAGGACCCGCUUUUCCUCUACGAUUCAGUCAAAUUAUGCGAGAAAUGCUAUAAUUUCAUCAGAAACCUUCAAGAAAUCAAGGAUGAGUAUGACCAAUAUGUUCAUAAAGAGAAUUUCAACCAUGACCUAAAGAUCAUGGAAUCUAUUUAUGAAGAAAAGAGUCUUAUUCAUAACCUCAGCCCAGAGAAAUCAGCUAUGAAAGCUUUUGAAGGACUCAACGAGCAAGGAAUGAUGACUUCCAAGAAGAGCAAUGGCUCAAAUGAUUUGUACUCAAAGGAAGAGGCUAAAGACUCACCUCUCAAAGACGAGAUCGCUAAGCUUCGCUCUCGGAGCGAAGCUCAGAAUCUUCUUAGACCUGACCAAGAGACCUCUGAUUUAGAGAACAUUGAUAUUGGACAGCCCAAAAUUUUCAAUUUUUACUCUAUCAAAGGGAAAAUAGACUCUGACUCCAAGCACCAUCAUGUUGAGAUAGACACUAGUUGACCAAAGGCUUCUUCCCAAGCUUCAAUGAAGAAAGAACCUGAGCGGAGCCAGGCUCUUUUCUUGCAGCAUGACGAGAAGGUAUCCCAGAAACCUUCUGGCCAGACCAGCAUCUUCUCAGCAGCAAAUGAGAUCAAGUCUUCAGACCUUCAGAAGAAAAUCUUGAGCGAUUAUUGCAAAUCAGAUUUAAUGCCUAACAUUUCUCAAAAAUUUCAAAGCGAGAACUUAAAAGCUGAGCAUAAUCCGAAAGCAGAUCUCCUUAAAAAUGCCUUCCUUGGUUUACAGCAGUAUGCAAAGGAAACUGAAGAUGAACCAAAACCCAAAGGCGAAGGUCAAAGAAAUGGUGAAUUUCAAAAAAACUUAUCUCGAAGAAAAGUUCAAAAAGAGCAAAGUAUUAAACCAAGGGAGUCUAAACUAACAAAUUUUUACCAAAACCGUCCAUAUAAGCCUGCUCUAGCUGCACACAAGAAGACGAAGAAAAAGGCACCGAAAUCAACCCUUCGACCAAAAAUCCCUAGACCUGAGUACCCUAGAUUCCAAGGAGAAAUGUCAAGAGAGACGUAUAAUAAGUUAAUGCUCCUUGCUGACCACAUUGAGAGGAAUAAUUUCACCCAGGAUGGCGAACUUCCAGAAAAUCUACAUGAAAUUCAGCAUAUUCCGGGCCAAAACCACAGUAUUGAUCCUGAUGAUUUGUACCCAGAAGAAGCUAAUAGCGAGAAGCCUCAUAUGGUACCAAAGAGGUUGAAGAUCCAACAGUCUCGAAGAAAGAGGCCUAGGCCUAGCUCGUGCAAGCGCUAUGGCUCAGCUGUUCAGAAGAUAAAAUAACCAUGCAUUCAUGAUCAGCAACAACUCCAGUAAUCGUUUUCAGAGAAUGAGUCAGUGCAAGGAAGGACAGGAAGAGUCAAGCAUAAACCAGAGCUCGCAUACCGCUCCUCAGAUGAUCGGUCUGACCAUGAAUUCGACAAAUCCCAGCAGAAUUAGGAGGAAAACCAAGGACUCCUUUAGUACUAUAAACAGAGGAAAUGUUACAGAGUACCAGCCAGGUAGAAAACCCAAGAGAAAGCCGACUUCUCGCGAACGAGAGCUUGAGAUAAUCAAGAGGAAAUAUGCUGCAUACAGAAGUAAUAUUUCCAACCUUCAUGAUCAAAGACCUAUAAUCCCAGCUAAGAGUAAGACGAAAAAGAAGAAAUCUCAAAGCAUGAGACGAAAGAGAGCUCCCAAGCAGAAGUCACAGCACUUGGGCUUCCCAGAUUGGAACCAAAUUCCCCCAGAAUUUAGAGCGGAACUUGAAGCCUUGGCUGAUAAGAUCAGAUAUACACAAAUGGCUGAAAAUCAGCCGCAGAACUUGCUUCACAACCCAAUGAAUGAAGGGUCUUUAGAGAUACAAGAUAUUGAUUACACAACCAAUCAAAUUUCAAGACCAGAGAUGUUCGAUUUAAAUUCUCCACAGGAUAUGGCAGAAAAGGCCAAAGGGGAAAAUCUUGACCUAGACAUGCUGAAUAACCCUGCUCCAAUAGAUAUAAGUAUUGAAAAAGAUGAAGUCGGCAUAAGACAAGACUGGUGGUAGAAUGAAUAUUUAAACCCUUCAACUAAAAAUUCAUCAU